CUCAGGGGCAUUCCACCACUGAGCCAUGUCCUCAGACUUUAUUGUGUGUUUUAAUUAGAGACAGGAUUUCAUUGUGUUGCUUAGUGCCUCACUUUUGCUGAGGCUGGUUUUUAACUUUUGAUCCUCCUGCCUCAGCCUCCCAAGCCGCUGGAGUUACAGUUGUGUGCCACAGCACCUGGCUCCAGCCUCUCAUUUCAAACACUCCCUAUACCCUAAACAAGUCUGUGGCCUUGUCUUGGGCCCUGGCCUACAUGCUGCCCCUCUCCAUUUCCCCUUUCUCCGUUCCUCACUUCACCUCUCCUUCCUCUCUACUUUCCUGUCUUCAUUGCAUUGGAAAUCUUUCUUCUGUCCCUUUGUCUGUGUGUUUGCUGCCUCCUCCGGUGCUCAGGACAGCAGAGCCUUUGUGGUGAGCAUGGGUGAGCACUUGUUCACAGGUAGAAGGGUCAUCAGCUGUUUCCUCUUCCACAGGGACCCACAGUCUUCACUAUAACCUCACAGUGAGGUCCCAAGGUGGAUCAGUGCAAUCAAGGUUUUUUGCUGAUUGUUAUUGGGACCAUCAGCUCUUUCUUCACUAUGAUAGAAAGUGCAAAGCCCCAGGAGCUAUGGGCAGAAAAACCUUUGGGAACUGAGAGCUGGGACACAGAGAUCUGGGAGUUGAUAGAGCACAGCAAGAAUCUAAAAGCAACCCUGGCAGAAAUCAAUGCCCAGCAGGAGCAGAAAGGAGUGUCCCCAGCAGUAAAUGUGACCUGUGGUGAGGCCCUGGAGGACACCAUCAACAUGACAUGUUGGGCUUUUGGCUUCUAUCCCCAGAAUAUCUCUGUGACCUGGCUUCAGGAUGGGGAACCACGGAGCCAGAACACCCAGCAAUCUUGGGGUGUUUUCCCUAUGUGAAUGGGACCUACCAGACCUGGGUGUCCAUUAGGAUUCCCC